AUGGCAUCUACCGCUCAACAUGCUUCCAAGUUCACCCGUUACUUGAACUCCGAAACUGGACCAAAAACUGUGCAUUUCUGGGCACCAGUCUUGAAAUGGUGUAUUGUUAUUGCAGGGAUUAAUGAUUUACAAAGACCGGUUGAAAAACUUAGUGGUACCCAACAACUUGCCUUAAUGUCCACCGGAGUUAUAUGGACCCGUUGGGCUGGGUUUGUCAUCAAACCAAGAAACAUGUUAUUGGCCAGUGUGAACUUUUUCUUGGGUGGUAUUGCAAGUUAUCAAUUAUACAGAAUCGUUGACUACAGAAGAACUGCUGGUGAUUCUCCAGCGCAAGUGUUCCUGUACAUCUUAAAGGGUAACGAAGCUCUUGAACCAGCAGAAGCACCAGCAGCAGUCAAGGACACAAUCAAGGCAUAG